AGGCGCAUUUCUCAACACUGCGCUCCUUUACCUGUCGAGGGGAACCAAAUCUGUGCGUUAAAGGACGAAAACCACAUUAAAGUGGCAAGAGACCACUUCGGAAUAUAUGAAACCGCGUGUCUGUCAACUAAUAAUGGACUAAUACUUCUUUCGGUUCGAAGAUAAACUACUACCAGCGAGAGAGGAACUCCAGAAAAGACGACUUUGACCGCCAGCCAAGGACAUGGACUGGAAGACCUUCCAAGCCCUGCUCAGCGGGGUGAAUAAAUACUCCACCGCAUUCGGGCGGGUAUGGCUUUCUGUGGUGUUUGUGUUCAGGGUGAUGGUGUACGUGGUGGCGGCAGAGCGAGUGUGGGGAGACGAGCAGAAGGACUUUGACUGCAAUACCAAGCAGCCGGGCUGCGCCAACGUCUGCUACGACCACUUCUUCCCCAUCUCCCACAUCCGCCUGUGGGCCCUGCAGCUGAUCUUCGUCACCUGCCCAUCCUUCAUGGUGGUCAUGCACGUGGCGUACCGUGACGACCGUGAGCGCAAGCACAGGGCAAAGCAUGGGGAGAACAGCAAGCUGUACAACAACACAGGCAAGAAGCACGGCGGCUUGUGGUGGACCUAUCUGGUCAGCCUCUUCGUAAAGACGGGCAUCGAGGUCUCCUUCCUCUACAUCCUGCACCGUGUCUACGAUAGCUUCUACCUGCCAAGACUGGUCAAGUGCGGCGUGGAUCCUUGUCCCAACCUGGUGGACUGCUACAUCGGCCACCCCACCGAGAAGAAGGUCUUCACCUACUUCAUGGUCGGAGCGUCGGCCCUCUGCAUCAUCCUAAACAUCUGUGAGAUCAUAUAUCUCAUCUCCAAACGCAUCGUGCGAUGCGCGAACAAGGUCAAGAGGCGCAAUCGCAACGUGGCCGUGCAUCACGAGGACUACACCAACAAGGGCCCCUUUGACGACUGCGAAGUGAAUACGUCGAGGCUGGACCUAAAGGACAAGCCUCCAUCCUUUAGGAGUGCGUUCAAGGCUUCACUGCGGCCUGUAUCUGCACUCAAACAUGAGGAGAAGAUUCGGGCCUCUGCCCCCAAUCUGUCUCUUUCAUGAGCUGAGGCUGACGAUCAAGAGAUCAGCAGUGCUUGGACUAGAACUCAAUGACAAACCUCAGAAAACAGACUUAGAACUAUGAGCCAAACUAAAGUAUGUGUCAAACCCUGGAAGUUGAGUCAUCAGUACUGGAUUCAUCCCGUGGGCGCCUGUGUUCACAUCUCACAGACUCUUUUUUUGAGUGCAUGAACUUUGGUUUCCAAGUCAACAUACUCAAUAUUUACAAGUCAGCUAAAAAGCCAAUUUGUUAAUAUGUUGGUUUUUGAAUACAGCACAGGUCUGUGUGCCUUGUCAACAUCACCCCUUCACCCGUAUUAGCACAUUCCUGUGAGGUUUCUGUCUUUCUUGCUAUCUGAGUUUUGACAGGAGGGGAAUGAACUGAAAGCUUCACUCGAGGAGGCAGGACACACCUGGCAGAGGAAUUCACCCUCCCUGCCAGUGUAUACAGUGGUGUGUCAGGGCUCUGUUGUCACUGGAUGUUAGAUGUACAUUUCGGUGAUCUCUUCUUUUGAAAUGAACUGACACAAUAGCUUUAUGCUCACCAUUUGUUGUCCUCAUGACAUUGACGAAUGGUUAGCAAUUCUCCAUCGGAGUGUGGACGCUCCAAAGUCAUAUAGUUAUGGCUGCGUAAUACUUGAAGGUGUGCAAACUGGCCAAAAAUGUUUAACUGCAGUUUUUUUUCUCAGAUAAGCAACAAAAUGUGUGUAUCAUUUACAUAUUUCUUUAUCUAAAGCCUUGGCGGACAUAUGCUUGGUCUCAGGUUUAUGCUGCACGGUCACGCUGUACAUAGGCCGCCUGUGUGUUUUGACGUGCUUGUACACAAACUCGCCUAAUCCAAGACCACUGUUGAUUCAAAAAAGGCGAAAGGAAUGCUGCUGUUUAAUUCUGUGUUGGUAGAGCGGGAGCACAGAGGAGGAGUUCGGAAGAGAAGUCGCACAAACAGAUGGCUCAUUGAACAUUUUUGCGAGUCCCUAAUCGUCCACUGUGGACAUCAGGUGGAAUUGUAUUUUAUGCACUUGUUGUUAAUAAUGUCAUUUUUACAAAACUAAAUAUAUUAAAUUUAUUA